GAAACUCUUCAAAACUCCCCCCUUUUGAAACUUGUUGGCUGACACGCAAGAGCGUGCGUUCUGUCUGUUUUACAACAAUUUCGGCCUAGUUCGCAGCAUGUCGCGCAGAAAGGAGAACGAGGAGGUGGACAAGCAGACGCGUAUUGCUAUCGUCAGCGAUGACAAGUGCAAGCCCAAGCGGUGUCGGCAGGAGUGCAAGAAGACCUGCCCGGUGGUGCGCAUGGGCAAGCUCUGCAUCGAGGUGACGCCCACGUCCAAGAUAGCCUCGCUGUCCGAGGAGCUCUGCAUUGGUUGCGGUAUCUGUGUCAAGAAAUGCCCCUUUGAGGCCAUCACAAUCAUCAACUUGCCCAGCAACCUGGAGAAGCACACAACGCAUCGGUAUAGCAAGAACUCCUUUAAGCUGCAUCGUCUGCCCAUUCCGCGACCCGGUGAAGUGCUCGGUCUGGUGGGACAGAAUGGUAUUGGCAAGUCGACCGCUCUGAAGAUCCUCGCCGGCAAGCAGAAACCCAAUCUGGGCAAGUACGCCAAUCCGCCCGACUGGACGGAGAUCCUCAGCUACUUCCGCGGCUCCGAGCUGCAGAACUACUUCACCAAGAUCCUGGAGGACAACCUGAAGGCGCUGGUCAAGCCGCAGUAUGUGGAUCAAAUCCCCAAGGCGGUGCGUGGCGCAGUCGGCGAUCUUCUGGACAAGAAGGACGAGCGGGAGCUGCAGACCAAGAUCUGUGAUAUGCUGGACCUUUCGCAUAUCCGGGAUCGUGAGAUCUCCCAGCUGUCUGGUGGAGAGCUGCAACGCUUCGCCAUCGCCAUGGUGUGCAUACAGAAUGCAGACAUCUUCAUGUUCGACGAGCCGUCCUCGUAUCUGGAUGUGAAACAGCGUCUCAACGCUGCCCUGACCAUUCGAUCGCUCUUGCAUCCCACCAAGUUCAUUAUCGUGGUGGAGCACGAUUUGUCUGUGCUGGAUUACUUGUCCGACUUUAUUUGCUGUCUUUACGGAGUUCCCGGCUGCUACGGAGUGGUCACUAUGCCCUUCUCCGUGCGCGAAGGCAUCAACAUAUUCCUCGAUGGCUUUGUGCCCACCGAAAACAUGCGUUUCCGCACCGAGUCACUUACUUUCAAGGUAUCCGAAUCGGCCACGGAGGAGGAGAUCAAGCGAAUGAACCACUACGUGUAUCCCUCCAUGGUCAAGACCCUGGGCAAAUUCGAGCUGACGGUGGAGAAGGGUCACUUCAGCGACUCCGAGAUCCUGGUUUUGCUGGGCGAAAACGGUACGGGCAAGACCACGUUCAUUCGAAUGCUGGCCGGCAACCUUCAGCCCGAUGGCGAGGUGGAACUGCCCAUGCUCAACAUCUCGUACAAGCCGCAGAAGAUUUCCCCGAAAUUCCAAAACCAUGUGCGCCAUUUACUGCACGAUAAGAUUCGCGACGCCUACGUGCAUCCGCAGUUCAUUGCCGAUGUUAUGAAGCCCAUGAAGAUCGAGGAGAUCAUGGACCAGGAGGUGCAGAAUCUUUCCGGUGGUGAGUUGCAGCGAGUGGCCUUGGUUUUGUGCCUGGGCAAGCCGGCGGAUGUCUACCUCAUUGACGAACCUUCUGCCUACUUGGAUUCGGAACAGCGUCUGGUGGCCGCCAAGGUUAUCAAGCGCUAUAUUUUGCACGCCAAGAAAACUGGAUUUGUGGUGGAGCACGAUUUCAUCAUGGCCACCUACCUCGCCGACCGUGUCAUCGUUAUUGAGGGUCAGCCUUCGGUCAAGACCACGGCCUUCUCGCCGCAGUCGCUGCUGAAUGGCAUGAACCGCUUCCUCGAACUGCUCGGCAUCACCUUCCGUCGCGAUCCUAACAACUUCAGGCCCCGCAUCAACAAGAACAACUCGGUCAAGGACACAGAACAGAAGCGCUCCGGCCAGUUCUUCUUCCUGGAGGACGAGGCUUGUAAUUAAGACAGGAUCACUGACCACCUCAAUUGGACAGCUCGUUUCCCUUUGUUCUCUUCAGCUCUCCUUUGUUCAUUUUGCAUUCUUUGGUCGAAAACACAUUUACUUUCAAUAUAUUUUGUUAUUGUUGUCGAGGAUUACGUACAAUCGAUAAUUGGGGAUUAAUUGUACUUGAUUAAAGUGAGUUUUAUAUACGUUUUUACAGCGAAAUAAAUAGUAAACCCAAAACAACAGGAAA